AUGGAUUUUUCAUCCUCAUCAUCGGAUUCGGAUUCUGAAGAAGACGCGGUCAUCGUGGACUCGGUCAAGCUAGCAAUCGAAUUUAUGAAUGAAGUAAUCCAAGGUUUAACUCCACAACCCUUAACAAUAAGGCCUCAUCUAGACCGGGAUCGUGAAGCGGCUCAUGAUCUAUUGGUACGUGACUACUUUUCCGAAAGCCCGGUUUACAGUGAAAAUCUUUUUAGGCGACGUUUUCGUAUGAGUCGGCGACUUUUUCUACGAGUAGUUGGAGAUUUGCAAAACUCUUUUGAAUUUUUCCAACAAAGACGUGAUGCUACGGGAGUACUCGGUUUUUUGGGUAUACAAAAAUGUACGUCGGCUAUUCGUCAACUUGCGUACGGGACCUCACCGGACUCGUGGGAUGAAUACUUAAAAAUGUCCGAAAAAGUAUCGCGAGAUAGUCUUGAAUAUUUUUGCCAAGGUGUGAUACGAAUAUAUGGUAAGAGAUAUCUUAGGAGGCCAACAUGGAGCGACAUUCAGCAAAUAUACGAGGUGCAUGAACAAGUCCACGGUCUUCCCGGUAUGCUUGGUAGCAUCGAUUGCACGCAUUGGUCAUGGGGAAAUUGUCCAACGGCUUGGCGAGGUCAGCAUGAGCAAGGCGAUCAUCUAGGCCCAAGCAUUAUGCUUGAAGCCGUGGCAUCAUAUGAUCUUUGGAUUUGGCAUGCUUUCUUUGGUACAGCUGGAUCCAACAACGACAUCAACGUUUUUCAUUCAUCACCGAUUUUCAACGAUAUUGUUGAUGGAGUUGCACCUGGGCAAGUCUUCUAUGUUAAUGAUCAAGAGUACAAGUAUGGAUACUAUUUGUCCGAUGGUAUAUAUCCAGAGUGGGGCACUAUUGUCAAGGCGUUUUCACACCCACACGACGACAAAAGAAAACUUUUCACAAAAAAACAAGAGUCCGCAAGAAAAGACAUCGAACGUGCAUUUGGGGUUCUGAAGAAGCGUUGGGCAAUCAUUUUCAAUCCGGCACGUAUGUGGGCAAAAGAAAAAAUAAGAGAUGUUAUGUACGCGUGCUUGAUUCUACAUAAUAUGAUUUUGGAGGAUGAAGGUAAGGCGAUAUGCCAAAGCUAUGAAGGUGAUGUUCCACGACCUCCUUGUACGAUAAGCAAUGAGCAGAGGCUUCGAAAUCGCGCGGAAAUUCGUUCUGGUGACCUUUAUAAUGCCCUUCGUGCGGAUUUGGUUGAGCAUGUUUGGCGUUAUCAUUCUCAAGAGUUGGGCUCGGACUCAGAAGAGGAGUCAGCUUAG